AUGGCCACGUCGGAGCAGCGCCGAGGCUCGCGCCGUCGCCGCAGGGGCGAGCACUUCCUAGGCCGCGUCGGCGCGGCGCGCCACGUCGCCGGGCCCGUCUCCUUCCUCAACCCGACGACCCGGCUCCUGCCGGUCGAGCGAGAAGGGGAGGCGAAGACGAUCGCCGGCGGCGCCAAGACCGCGGCCGCCGGCGCCGAGUCCCCGCCGCGGGAGCGCGAGCGCGAGCGCGAGCAGCACCCGGAGCGCGCGCAGGGCGAGGUCUACCACGUCUGGCGCAGCCGCGACAACCGCAAGGGCCGGCACUCGGUCGCCGUGACGCGCGCGUACCGCGACCGGGCCGGGGCGGACGAGGUGCCGCCGGCCACGGACGCGCUGCGGCCGUGCCUCGCGGGCGUGGGCAAGAUGUUUGCGCGGUUCCCCGUGUGGGACGUGUCGUACGACGUCGCUGUCGUCUUCACGCUCGGUUCCGUCGUAUGGGUCAUCAACGCCUUCUUCGUCUGGCUGCCGCUCGCCGCGCCCGGGACCGAGUUCCCCGGCGAGACGACGAUGGGCGGCGGCGUGACGGCGUGCGUCGGCGCCACGAUCUUCGAGUUCGGCUCCGUGCUUCUCAUGCUCGAGGCCGUCAACGAGAACCGCUCCGACUGCUUCGGGUGGGCUCUCGAGGACGCCCUGGAGAGGCGCCGGUCGGCGGCGGCGGCGGCGACUGCUCAUGCGACUGGGAGGUUCGUGCUGCGCCAGCGCGCCGACUGCUCCCAUCAUCAUCGCUCGAAGUGGUCUCUCUUCCACCACCCGCGUCAGGAGACGGACGCCGCUGCUGCCGACGAAGAGGCUGCCGCCGACGAGGAGUCGCCCAAGACCCAGGCGCGGACGUGGUCCUGGUGGCCGACCUGGUACGAGCUCAAGACGCACUACUUCCGCGAUAUCGGGUUCCUGGCCUGCUCGUCGCAGAUGUUUGGCGCGACCGUGUUCUGGAUCUCGGGUUUCACCGGGCUGCCGCCCGUUCUGUCGUCGCUGUCCGUGCCGGCGCAGAACGGCAUCUUCUGGUUGCCUCAGGUCAUCGGAGGCACCGGCUUCAUCGUGUCCAGCCUGCUCUUCAUGCUCGAGACGCAGAAGAAGUGGUGGCUUCCGGCGCCAAAGGUGCUCGGCUGGCACAUUGGUUUCUGGAACUUUAUCGGCGCUCUGGGCUUUACCGCGUGUGGUGCCGUCGGGUUCGGCGGUACUAGGGAUGCCAUCCAAUAUGCCUCUACCUUGUCGACUUUUAUCGGGUCGUGGGCUUUCUUGAUCGGCAGUCUCAUCCAGUGGUAUGAAAGUCUGGACAAGUAUCCCUUGACCGCCGUGGACAAGAUGUCGGAUAUAGCCAGGAUAGAAAGCAUGAGCUGA